AUGAAGACAACCACAUCAGUAGCAGCCCUCCUGACGGCGUUCUUCGCCUCAGCAUCGGCAUUCCCUACCGUUACACUCAGGAGACAAACCAAUGGAACCGCUGGCGGCCCAAUCGGCUUUGGCGCAGGAACAACUGGCGGUGGCUCAGCAUCACCCGUCACAGUCACAUCGUGCGCUGACCUCGAGGCUGCCAUUGCCGGUGAGGAGCCCAAGGUUGUCCAGAUCGACGGCCAGGUCUCGGACUGCGGAACCCUCAAGAUCGGCAGCAACACCUCCCUCCUGGGUGUCGGUGCCGGCUCUGGCGCCAGCGGCACUGGCUUCAGGAUCAAGGACAGCACCAACGUCAUCAUCCAGAACCUCGCCAUUGGCCCACCUCCUGCCAAAGCUGAUGCCAUCGAUAUUGAGUCGAGCACUCAGAUCUGGGUCGACCACUGCGAGCUGUUCUCUGUUGGCCUGACUGGCGGAAAGGACGAUUUCGACGGACUCUUCGACGCCAAGCGAGGGUCCGACAACCUGGAGGUGUCGUACACCAAGUUCCACGACCACUUCAAGGGAAGCCUGAUCGGCCACUCGGACAGCAACGCCGCGCAGGACGAGGGCAAGCUGCACAUCACCUACCACCACAACUCCUUCGUCAACGUCGGCUCCCGGCUGCCCUCGGUGCGCUUCGGCACGGCCCACAUCUUCAACUCGGUGUUCCAGGACUGCCCGACGUCGGGCAUCAACAGCCGCAUGGGCGCCCAGGUGCUGGCCGAGAACAACGUCUUCGACAACGUCGACCGCGCCAUCGUGACCAACCUCGACAGCGACGAGCCCGGGUUCGCCUGCGACGUCGGCAACGUCCUGAGCGGGAGCAGCACCACCGAGAUCACGCAGGAGUGCAGCUUCAAGCCCGACUACCAGUACACUCUCGAUGGCACCGCCGACCUGAUUGCCGCUAUCGAGGCUAGCGCUGGUACCGGCAAGAUCUGA